GAAGAAGUUCUACAAUGUCAGCCUCUCCAUGACACGAGUGAAACGCAUGGGCGAAUACCUUGCGCAACGCAGAAAUGAACUCGGAGUACGCUUCCGCAGCUUUGCCAAUUUGGAUCAGCAAGGCCGAGUAGACUACCAUCUCAUCGGCAAGUAUCUCGAACGCAGCUUGGGUGAUCUCCGAGUCGAAUGGGCGCAGAUGACAGAGUUGAAGCCUCUCUUCGGCACGUGGGCUUCGGGUUUGACGGACUUGUGUGAACGAAGGCAAAAAGUCACUCCGACAGACGGCAAGUUUGCCGCCCAGGUACUGUCCCAUGCGAGCGCGGACGUGAAAACGCUGGCAGCACAUAUCGAAGAUGGUACCUUCACCAUGAUGAAGGAGAAUCGCUCGGGGGCGUUUCGGGCAGCGCAGCAGAUCGAGGAACUCAUCGACCUGUUGGCCGAAUGGUAUGGUUUCUAUGCAGACUAUGAUCCCCUCUUUACAUGGUGGACAUCGAAGCCCUUCGAGACCAUCUCAACUCAGCUUCGGGCCUUGGUCUCGACCAUCAGAGAACACUUGGUCGGCAUCAAGCCCGGCGACGAAGAUGCCAUCGUCGGGCAACCGAUCGGCAAGGCGGGGAUAUACGCGGCGCUGGACAUUGAAAUGAUCGCGUACUCACCGGAAGAGCUCAUCCAGAUCGCCGAGAAGGAAUACGCGUGGUGUGAGAAAGAAGCCAUUGCCGCAUCUCGAGAGCUCGGAUAUGGCGAUGACUGGAAACGAGCCCUGGAACACGUCAAAAACAUGUAUGUGGAGCCCGGAAAGCAGACAGAAAUGGUGCACGAGCUCGCCGAGGAGGCCGUAGAAUAUGUGACCAAGCGCGAUAUGGUCACACUUCCGGAGAUUGCCAAAGAAUGCUGGCGGACGUUUAUGAUGACUCCAGAGAGACAGAAGGUGAAUCCAUUUUUCCUAGGAGGAACGUCGAUUAUCGUGUCGUAUCCGACCAAUACCAUGAGCCACGAGGACAAGCUCAUGGUCAUGCGAGGCAACUGUCGACCUCUCUCUCGAAGCACCGUAUUUCACGAGCUACUGCCAGGCCAUCAUCUACAAUAUCACUACAUGGCACGCAGUAAACCCUAUCGAUCCAUGUUCCAGACACCAUUUUGGAUUGAAGGCUGGGCUUUCUAUUGGGAAUUCAUCUUGUGGGACCGAGGCUUCCCCGACACACCAGAGAAUAAAAUUGGAAUGUUAUUCUGGAGAAUGCACCGCUGUGCGAGAAUCGUAUUCUCCUUGAAAUUCCAUUUGGGGCAAAUGACGCCGCAGGAGUGCAUCGAAUACCUCGUGGAUCGAGUCGGGCACGAACGAGCUACAGCAGAGGGGGAAGUUCGUAGAAGCUUCAAUGGUGACUAUGGGGCGUUGUACCAAGCGGGAUAUAUGCUGGGGGCCUUGCAACUGUACGCUUUGCGAAAGGAGAUUGUCGAUACGGGCAUGAUGAAGGAGAAAGAGUUUCAUGAUCGGGUGUUGAAGGAGAAUAAUAUGCCGAUCGAGCUGCUGCGAGCCCUACUCAUAGGCGAGGAGCUCAAGUGGGAUCGCAAGGCCUCGUGGAAGUUCUAUGAUCUAUGAUUGUGAAUAUAGAAAGCAAAG